CAUACAUAUACACAUACAACAUUGCCGUUGCGCAAAGGAAAACUCCGUAAUUUUUUUAAAUGAGAACACAGCGUGCAUAUUGCGUGCAGAGUGGAUCAUAAAUAGUAUAAUAACACAGUGAUUUGUAAACGCAUAAUUGUGUAUUCAUCGCGCGAGUGUGUGUGGGGGAAAAAUAGUUGCAAACAGCAGAAACUUAGGUAGCGGCGAGUUGAGGGUAACGAGUGUAGAGUAAACAAGCGAGUCUCUGCCUCUGGCCAAUGUGGUGCAGCCCCCGAACCCUGAGCACCCCUUAACAAGCAAAUGUAGUGGGCAGCAGUCGUCGUUGUCGUUGUCGUCGUCUUUGUGAGAAGCAGCAGCAAAAAAUAGUUGCAAUAAGACGUGCAGCCGAACAGAAAAGUGUGUAAAAGUCAAUUAGCUGCAUACUGACUGCCCAAUUGUGGUUAAAACGGGCGAGCUGCGAAAAACGCGCCGUUUGCGGCUGUGAUGCAGCAGCAGCUGCUCCUCUUCCUAUCGAUAUUCUAGUUAUUAUUGCCAUUGUUGUUGUUGUGGUUUUUGCACCCACCACACGCACGUAACUAGAGCAAGCAAGGAAAAGGAACGCACCACACCACACCAACAACAGAGAGACAGGCAGACAGGCCAGACAACCGACAGAUCACACUUGGUAGAUGCGCGCGUGCAAGCAGCAAGAUUGGAAAUGAUUUGUAAAAACGACGUGCUGCUGUGGUUUAAGAAACUCGAGAGCUACCAACGCAUCGAUACCAUGUGUUCACUGCUCGACUAUUGUCUGCCCUUCGAGUUGCGCUUCCUGGGAACCUGCCUGGAGGAAUUGGGAAGGCGAGACUCACUGGACCUUCGUGCCAUGGAGUUGCGCGCCAACAAUCCACAGGAACUGGCCGCCGAUAUGUUGACCUGCCAAAAGGGCGAGCCCUCGGAUAAAAAAAUACGACGCAAAAUGGCGCUAUACUUGGCGCUGAUACGCGCCUGCAACUGCACCUGCGUCAAUGAGAUCUUUCGCACGCUGGAAUGUUGGGGCACACAGGAUUUUACAUGCAUGAAUGAUAGGGAGACUCUGCUUGAGUUGUUGCUCGUUUACAGAAUGGCUGCCAGUCAUCCGGUCUUUUCGUUUCACCAGCAUAUGAAAUGCACGGAUAUCAUGGCCAAGAUUAGAGAGAAUAAACUGGUUUCAGAUGACCUGCCGCCACAACAAAUGGAUCAUCAGCAACAGCAUCAUCAGCAGCAGCAACAACAAAUGCAGCAGCAGCAACAGAUCCAACAACAGCAGCAGCACCAACAGCAUCCGCAGUCCCAACAGGAAUUGUUGUUGCAGCAGCAGCACGCGUUGCAUCAAAUGCAAGCACAGCCGCCCGCACCGCAACAGCAGCAGCAACCGCAUUUACAAAUGCUACAAGUGCUGCCUCAGGCCACCAUACCCAUGAUAUUUCAACAGAAUAUUCCCAAGCUGCUGCCCGGCAGCGAUGGAACGCUCAGCGUCGAGGGUCCACAUAUGCUGCAAUCCAAUAUCACCAUUCCAGGGGACACAAACGCCAUGUUGGGCCAUCAUCUGCAGUGGUCUUUGCGACAAAUGCCGCCAAUGGAGCACCAAGUGGCACCACAGCCGCCACAGCCACCACAGGCUAGUUCACCCAUGCUGAGUCAACAGUCUUCGCCAUCGAGCAGUCGCACCACGAGUCCCAAUCGCGGCAGCGGACAACUGCAGCAGCAACAACAACAGUCGCUGCAACAGCAUAGAAAUAUGCAUCAGCGAUUAACAGGUGGUGGGAAAAAUGUCCGUCGACCGUCGACAGAGACAACGCCGCCACCUAUGAGUGGUGCCGAUGUAAUUAUGUCCACUCAACAUGUCAAACACAUGGAUGAGAGCCAAGAAGGCGUCGGCAACAACCCUGGCAAUCCGGGGAACAUGAGCUUGCGAAGCAUCAUACGCAACGGCUAUCAACAUCCUGGACAACGCAUGAAAUCUGGUGGCUACAUGACGCAGUACCAACAACAGCACCAUCAACAGCAGCAACAACAACAUCAACAACAGACAGGGUCGUAUGUGAAUUCCUCAAUUGCAUACAAUAUGCAAAAUAUGGGUCUGAACGAAGAUGUUCACAAUAUGAAUUCCAAUAAGAGUGCCACCACAACGGGCAGUGAGCCGGGCAGCUCGAACGGCUCUUGCGGCGAUUUAUCGCCACCGGAAACGCCAACGCCGCUGCUUAGUCAGGGGAUGGUACCCAGCGUACCACUACCCAUGGCCGCUUAUCAGCCACAGCAGCCGCCGCCGCUGAAGCAUCAUCUCAGCUAUAAGCAUCAGCAACAACAACAACAGCAGCAGCUCAACUUACAGCUGAGCCUGAAUGGUCGGAAUGGCAUAGAGAAGAGCUAUCAGAAAAUAUAUACGACGAACACGGCCAGCGUGGUGAGCGACGCGCAGUCAAAUAGCAGUGGAAAUGCACAGCAAACGUUGCUGAUCAGUCCCUCGCCGACGAGCACGCCUACAACGCCUUUGUUGUUGCAACAGCAGCCGCCGCCGCGCGCUCCUUAUUCGACAUAUACGUUUCAUGCGGCCCCCACGUCACGCGGACCGCCGCCGUCCCCACAGACGCUGAUGCAGGCAGCGCCACACACGGCACAGCCUCAGACGUUUCCCUUUCCCGUGCUGACACCCCACAAUGGAGAGCUUAUCUAUCAUCAGGGCUUUCACGCAAGUCUGCCGUAUCCGUAUUUAUCCGUGCCUGCUGCGCCCCCUUCUGCGCCUGUGCCCGUUCCAGGACCAGGGCCUGCUCCCACGGUAACAGCCACCCAGUUGCGUCAGUCGGCCGUCAGCAAUAAUGCGGCCGUACAAACGCAGACGCAACCGCCGCCCACACCCCAAACGCAGCCCCAGGCGACGACGUUAGGUGUGUGUCCCGUUACAGGUGUGGCAACAGCUUCCCAGAAAACCAUUUCCUGCUACAACUGUGGCUCCCUGACGCAUCUUGGGCGCGACUGCCAGGAGGCGUCCAUGGAAGAUGUCACCCGCAGUGCCACCUACAAGCUAGACUAUUCCGUAUCGGCGACCACAAACAGUACGGCCACCAAUACAAACAGCAGUGCUGGCAGCGGCAGCGAGGAGCAGCUAAAGGACAAUAUGCUGGCCAAUGUGACGAUAACAACGCCAACGCCAACAGUGGCGCCUGUCGCAUCUGGAGCGGCUGUGGCCACCGUGGUGAGCAGCGGCAAGUGAACCACCGACUGUGGCAAUGGAAAGGGAAAAGUGAAAGCGCAACGCUAGGCUUGCCGAGUUGGAAAAUGCAACGCUAUAUAUGUAUAUUUUUAAUGCAUAUACAUACACACACAUAUAUAUAGAUAUAUAUUUAAAGUUUAUGCAUAAUAAUUCUUAUCUACUUAUAUAAUUAACAAUUAUUAUUGUAGUGCGGAAAUCAAAUUUCACGUCUCUGCAACGUCUCUUAGUUCGGUAAGCUUCGCAAAAAAACAAAAAAAAAAAAACGGGAAAAGUAGACGCGUUGCCUAACUUAAAUAAAUAAUAAUAAUAUAGAAACAUUUUAGAGCACACAAGACACAGACACACACCCACAUACAUGUAGCGCAGUAAAUUAAAUCGUAGCAGUAUGAAAAAAUUAUGCUCCUAUAUAAGCGAAAACAGGAAAGAAAGUUUUAACAUUAAGUUAAAAAAAAUAAUAAUUAAAUGCCAAUCGCUGCAUAAUUAAUGAUUACCAACGUAAAAGGGAAAAACGUAAGCUAAAUAAUAGAUAUAUAGAAUCAAAACAAAAAAAAGAAGAAAAGCAAAGGAAACAAACCCAAUUCACGCAACGUAACACCCACUUGACGUAACGUUGGGCGUCGAGUAAACUGUAAUAGCUGUAAUCUAAAAACAAAAACAAAAAACAAGCAAUUAAUUUAAGUUCAACAACAACCACAACAAACAAACAACAUUUGUGUAACAAAACAUAAAUGGCUAACAAUUUUUCUAAAUUCAAUUUACAAAAAUUUUCAACAAUUUAAGCAAAAAACUUAGCAAUACAAAACAUUAAAAACAAAAUCAAAUGUGUAUAAAAAUGAAGCAGUCUGUAUUGUGCAUAGUUAGCAACCACUGUUAUGAAACCAUCAAAAUAUAUAUAUUUUUAUUUUCUAAUGAUUAGGAACUAUUUAUUUACUGCUUCCCUUCUCUAGGUGUAAAUACAUGAUAUUUUUUUUAAAUUGUACUGCUUUAGAAUUUCAUUUUCCCCUCUCUACUUAUGUAUAACGCUGCCUAAAUAAUUGUUUUAUCCUGUUCUCGUACUUUGCCAAUACCAAUCAACCAAUCAAUCGACCUGUUAAUGAAAUUAACCUUGAAAGUUGUUAGCUUAAGUUGGACAUUUGACCGCCCACGAUUAAAUUUUGUAAUUAUGUAGCUUUAAUUUUUUGUAUGCAUUGUUUAUUGUAUAAUAACUCUAAUAAGCGAUUUUAUCACCGCCAACAACAAUAAAUUAUGUAGUGCGUUAGUCUAAAUAUCAGAGCUAGAAAAAGAGACAGGUCCCCACACACACACUUUUAUGAAUAAUAAAUCAAAUUUGUGUUAAGUUUAAAGUUUUUUUCGUGUAAAUAAGUUUUAAGAGAACUGCAGUAAACAAUGAUUGAUAAAUUAUAAUAAUAACAACAGCAACACAAAAACAAAAGGAAUGAUUAUGAAUAUGUAACAUUAUUAAGCCGCUAAGCUAAGGUGACGAUUAAGCGUAUAAUGAAAGAAAAAAACAAAAACAUGUAUUAUGU